AUGAGAGUACGUGAUGGAGAAGGAGAUUUUUCCGAAUGGCUGUUAAAACUUGGUAGUGGAACAAUACCUGACAAGGAGGAAGAUCCUUUUAAGGGAUAUGCUCAACAAGAUGAUUAUGCUAAACGUGUCAUUUUAACACCCACCAAUGUGGAUUCAUUGUCAAUCAAUGAAGAAGUGCUGGAACGUCUACAUGGAGAGGUCAAAACUUAUUUAAGUGCUGAUCAAAUAGACACUGACGAUCUUAAUGAAAGAAAUAAUUUCCCUGUUGAGUUUUUGAACAGCUUAACUCCUUCAGGUAUGCCUACUCAUUGUUUAAAAUUGAAAAUUGGUUGUGUAAUUAUGCUACUUAGAAAUUUAGAUCUUAAAGCUGGGCUAUGUAAUGGAACCCGAAUGAAAGUUUGUGCUCUCCAAAACAAUUAUAUUGAUGCAGAGGUUUUGACAGGUGUUUCUGAAGGUAAACGGGUAUUUGUUCCUCGAAUUCAGUUGGCUCCAUCAGAUUCUAAUUUACCUUUUGUUCUAAAACGUCGUCAGUUUCUUGUCAGAUUAGCUUAUUCGAUGACAAUCAAUAAAAGUCAAGGUCAAACAUUUGAUAGAGUUAGGAAACCAAAAUGA